AUGGACUUAACUCCCGAUUACUCUGCUUUGGCCACAGAUCUGGAGCGACAAGAGUUGCAGUCCAUUGGAGGCAUCGCUUCGCCACAAAUCUAUGGACAACUUCUGGCUAUUUAUCUGCUUUUAAACGAUUUACCAAAUGCCAAACUCUUGUGGAAAAGGAUACCAAUGAGUGUGAAGACAGAGAACCACGAAUUGUCUCAUAUUUGGGACAUUGGAGUCAAGCUCUGGAACCGAGAUUUGGCUGCAAUUUAUCCACUAUUGUCGACAUACGAGUGGCCAAACCAUCUCAAGAAUGUCAUGAAGUGUAUUGCAGAUACCACUCGCAAGAGAGCAAUGAAUCUCAUCUCAAAGGGCUUCACAUCAAUCAGUUUGGAUGAAGUGAUUCAUUACAUCGGAUUAACUGAGGAGAAGGCCAUCGAAAGUAUUGAAAGUGUCGGUUGGAGUUUAGACAUGGAUUGCCGUCUCGUGAAGCCAUCAAAACCAACUCAUUGUGUCGAAGAGUUGUCUUCCAGUGAAGAACAGUUGGCGAAACUCACCGAAUAUGUGGCCUUUCUUGAGAACUGA